AGUAUCGGUGGAUGAAUUGUAAUUUGUAACCCGCUGGCUACAGGUAAAAUAAAAAAAAAGACAUGGAGCAAGUAACAGUAGUUUGCAAUUCACAUCUAGCUUCGUGGGAGAUUCUGGAAGGAGUUCACGAAACCGGCGCGCGAGCGACGGUGGACUUCGCCGGCCGGGCUGGAUGCCUGAUCGAUGGCGUACAGACGUUCAGCUGCCUGCUGAGGAAGGGAGGAGGAUAGAUGGAGUAAGAUCGACGCAACAGGGCACCCUAUAAAGCCGCCCUUUUCCCCUCUCUCUUCUCCAGAGCCUCCCUCCUCACCCUGGAAAACACACGCACGCAGACCUCCCCCAACCGCUCUCAGUCUCUCCCUCCCUGUCUCUCUGUUCAAUCUCUCGGCUCGCCAUGGACGCUCCGAGCAACUGCACGCGUCCUGCGCGCGCCAAGUGACCGAACAAGCUCGAGCUCUGCUGCUACAGUUGCUUGCCCCUGUGCCAAACUGGCAGGAGGUAGGUAGCUUAUAGCAGCUAGAGCUAAGCUGUGGUGCGUAGCGGCAGCUAGAGCUAGCUAGCAGUGCACGCGCAGGUGCGUGCUAGCUAGCUCGUUAGCUGUGUACUAGCUGUGUAGCAGCAGCAGCAGCACAGUAGCAGUAGUCGGUGAUAAAAGGAAUUUCUUUGGGGACAUGUCGGCGGAGAGAGCCCCGGUGCUGGUGAGGCACGGCGGCGGCGGCGUGGAGGCGCUCCGGCAGCUCCCGCCGGGGUUCCGGUUCCGCCCCACGGACGAGGAGCUCGUGGUGCAGUACCUCCGGCGCAAGGCCAUCGGCGUGCCGCUCCCCGCCGCCGUCAUCCCCGUCUUCCGCGACCUCUACAGCCGCGACCCCUGGGACGUCGUCGCCGUCUCUGCCCCUGAUACGAGGAGCGAGGGGGAGAAAUACUUCUUCGCGGUGCGGCCGGCGAGCGGCGGCAAGAGCAGCGGCGCUGGUACUGGUAGCAGGGCGGCCGCGGGCGGGCGGUGGAAGCCGUCGGGGAAGGAGAAGCCGGUGGUGCUGCCCCGCCCGUGUGGCGGAGGGAGCCUCCUGGUGGGCGUGAAGAGGGCGAUGACGUUCGUGCCCCGCCGCCGGAAGAAGACGGCGGCGUUGCCGUCGGCGGCCCUGAAGACCGGCUGGGUCAUGCACGAGUACCGCCUCGCCGCGCCGCUGCACAAGAACGGCUGCAGCCUGGCUCAGGCGCAAGGAGAGUGGGUCGUCUGCCGCGUCUUCCAGAAGGGCGGCAACAGGCCGAGGAGGAGGCAGCGAGAAGCGUCGCCGCCGCCGUCCGCUAGCAGCAGCUGCGUCACGGAUGCGUCGAGCUCGGACCUGGACGAGGUCAGCAGCUAGCUUAGCUAGCUAGCUAGCAGAACCGACCGUACGUGCCGGCUGGCCACAACAUGCAGUCAAGAACGUACGUACGUAUAUGUAUACCGCCACCAGCUCGUCGCGCGCGCAGCUGUGCUGUGCAUGCCGUACGUGUGCGGCCGGCCUCGACCUCGAUCUCGAAGAGAGGAUGUGAUCAAGCUGAGUUACGGAUAAGGGGGAACAACCCAUCCACACGCACUUCUCCUCCGACCCAACAUUAUUUGUUGUUAACUAGUUUUUCUUUUCUUUAUCUCUUUCUUUCUUUUGCACUCUGUACGUGUAAUGUAAUGCAGUGUAAUUUAAUUAGUGAGAGAAGCAUGACGCCCUACUACCGGCCGGAUUAUUAGUUAACAGCAAAUUAAUUACUACGUACCUACUACUCGCGUCAGCAGCUUCUACUGUACUUGAGGUUUCAGAAGCCCAAUAUAUAUGUAUAUUGUCAAAUUUGUAACCUGCAUUAUAUGCAGAGGUCGUCGUCGUACGUGUCCUUAAUUAGUGUCUUUGUAAUAUCUCUUCAUGAAGCGAGGAGGAAGGAAGGAACCUGAAUCCAUGCGUAACAGCGCAGUCGUUGCUGCAUA